GCGUCGACGUCGGCGGCGGAGCCAGGCGAGGUGCGCGCCGUGCUGGAGAGCGCGACAUGGGAUGAGACGGCGCCCUUCACUCGGGAGGACUUUCGCCGCCUCGACGAAAGCGACGACUCGCGCUUCUACGACGACCCGAAGCUUGUCCAGCACAUCGACGACGCAGCCGUCGCCUCGACGACGAGCUUCUACUCGCAGCUUUUCGCCUCGCUCGCCGCCUCCGGCGAAGCACCGCCGCGGCCUCUCUCUGUCCUUGACCUCUGCUCCUCGUGGGUGAGCCACUACCCGCCGGCGGGCACAGGCAACGACAGAGGUAGCGGGAGAUCUGCGAGAGAGGUAGCGGAGGCGCCCGUUGCCUUCCACGCAACCGCACAGGUGCUGACGGGGUACAAGGCGCUGCCGUACGCCGACGCCUCCUUCGACGCGGUCACCUGCACCGUCUCGAUCGACUACCUGGUGCGACCGCUCGAGGUCGUCGCCGAGGCUGCUCGCGUGCUGAGGCCGGGCGGUAAGGUUGCAUUCGUCUUCUCGAACCGCCUCUUCUUCUCGAAGGCGGUCGCGUUGUGGACCGGCAAGGAUGACUUAGAGCACGUCUACACCGUCGGCUCCUACGUCCACUACGGCGCCGGAGGAGCGACCCCCCAG